AUGACGAUAGAUCCGGAUCUUUUCUUUCAACAGACUACACCAAUACCACAAUCUCAAUUUCUACCAUUACAACAACUGCAGACUCCAUACCAAUCACAACUUCAACAACAACAUCAAAUUGAUUCAACAGCUGAGAAUAAAGUUCAUCACUAUCAUGAUACCAACAGUAUUAAUAAUUUACAAGAGUACGAAUACGAAUACGAAGAAGACUAUUUCGACAUUGAAGAUAAUUUAUCCUGUGUAUCGUCGUCGUCUUCUGCUGCAACUGCUAUCGAAUCAACCUCGCCACCAUCAACAAAUAGCUUUCACCAAUAUGAUCACCAACAAUCCGCGGCAUAUCAUCGUCAAGUAAAGCGACGACGACGACUGAACGAAGAAGAGACAAAUAUUCUGAUGGAAGUAUUUCGGGAGAAUAAUAAACCUGAUCCUGCUACGCGUUCACAAUUGGCACAAAGAUUGAACAUGUCGUCACGUGCUAUUCAAGUUUGGUUUCAGAAUAGAAGAGCUAAAGUGAAACGUAAUGCUAACGAAUCGAAAAAUGCAGCAGCUUCUUCCGUUCGACCAGUUGGAAUGAGAAAGUUGACCUUGAUUCCUGGAUUUGUGGAAGAUGAAGUGGAUCAAAAGAGUUAUAGUUAUCUGUUUGAGGAUAAAAAAGAGUUUUACAUUGUUUCUCCUACUACGUCGAGUGCUUCAUGUUCUAUUUCUGAAUCGACCAUUUCUUCUCCCACUGUUAUUUGA